CGGGCGCGGGGCUCCCGGUGAGGGGGGAGCGGCGCGGAGCCCCCCCGGGAGGGCGGCCGGGGGUCGCCAUGGCCACGGGCCGCAGGUAGGGCCAUGGCGUCCCCCGAGGGCCCUGCGGGGUCCCCGAGGGCGGAGCCGCAGGCGCUGAGCCCGGACGAGCGCGAGCUGCUGGCCAAGCUGGAGGAGCAGAACCGGCUGCUGGAGGCCGACUCCAAGUCGCUGCGCUCGGUGAACGGCUCGCGGCGCGGCAGCGGCUCCUCGCUGGUCUCCAGCUCGUCGGCCUCGUCCAACCUGAGCCACCUGGAGGAGGACACCUGGAUCCUCUGGGGCCGCAUCGUCAACGAGUGGGACGAGUGGAGGAAGAAGAAGGAGAAGCUGCUCAAGGAGCUGAUCCGGAAGGGGAUCCCGCACCAUUUCCGCGCCAUCGUGUGGCAGCUGCUGUGCAGCGCGGCCUCGCUGCCGCUCAAGGCUCAGUACUCGGAGCUGCUGCGCAUGAGCUCCCCCUGCGAGCGCCUGAUCCGCCGCGACAUCGCCCGCACCUACCCCGAGCACGAGUUCUUCAGGGGCCAGGACAGCCUGGGCCAGGAGGUGCUCUUCAACGUCAUGAAGGCCUAUUCCCUGGUGGAUCGGGAGGUCGGGUACUGCCAGGGCAGCGCCUUCAUCGUGGGCCUGCUGCUCAUGCAGAUGCCGGAGGAGGAGGCGUUCAGCGUGUUCGUGCGCCUGAUGCAGGAGUACCGGCUGCGAGAGCUCUUCAAGCCCAGCAUGGCCGAGCUGGGGCUCUGCAUCUACCAGUUCGAGUUCCUGCUGCAGGAGCAGCUGCCGGAGCUGAACGUGCAUUUCCGCUCGCAGAGCUUCCUCACCUCCAUGUACGCCUCGUCCUGGUUCCUCACGCUCUUCCUCACCACCUUCCCCCUGCCCGUGGCCACGCGCGUCUUCGACAUCUUCAUGUACGAGGGUCUGGAGAUCGUGUUCCGCGUGGGGAUGGCGCUGCUGCAGUUCAACCAGGCCGAGCUGGUGCAGCUGGACAUGGAGGGCAUGUCCCAGUACUUCCAGAAGGUGAUCCCUCACCAGUUCGACUCGUGCCCCGACAAGCUGAUCCUGCGCGCCUGCCAGGUCAAGUACAACCCCCGCAAGAUGAAGAGGCUGGAGAAGGAAUACGCCGCCCUCAAGAGCAAAGAGAUGGAGGAGCAGAUCGAGAUCAAGCGGCUCCGCUCGGAGAAUCGCCUGCUCAAGCAGCGCAUCGAGACCCUGGAGAAGGAGAGCGCGGCCCUGGCCGAUCGCCUGAUCCAGGGCCAGGUGACGCGGGCGCAGGAGGCCGAGGAGAACGACGUCAUCCGGCGGGAGCUGGCGCUGGUGAGGCAGCGCUGCAGCUCGGCCACAGAGAGCCUGAGGCGGGCACAGAGCACGAUACGGGAGUUACAGGGUAACCCGCGGCUGAGCGAGGAGUUCGUGGCACACCUGGAGACGGAGCUGGAGCGGUCGCGGCUGCGCGAGAGCGAAACCCUGGGAGCCCUCAAGGAGAUGCAGGACAAAGUCCUGGACAUGGAGAAGCGGCAGCCGCUGCUCCCGGACGACUCCAGCGUGGUUCGGCUGCAGGAGGAGCUGCAGGAGCUGGCGCUGAGGGACAUCGGGGACAUCGGGGACAUCGGGGACAUCGGGGACACCUGGCAGGUGUGCGGGGGCCGCUGGCAGGAGCCGCGGGUGCUGCACGAGGCCGUGCUGGGGGUGCAGCUCCGCGAGAGCCAGGCCCAGGCGGAGCUGAGGGCGCUGAGACAGCGCGUGCUGCACCUGGAGACACAGGGCCGUAUCCAGCGGUCGGUGCUGGGCCGUGCCGAGCAGGCCUGUGCCGGGCUGCGGGAGCAGCUCCGCGCCGCGGCCGCCCAGAGCCAGGGGCUGCAGGCGCAGCUGAGCGAGAGCCACCGGAAACACGCGGAGGCGCAGUGCAAGAGCAAGGAGGAGGUGAUGGCCGUGCGGCUGCGCGAGGCCGACAGCAUGGCCGCCCUGGCCGAGAUGAGGCAGCGCGUGGCCGAGCUGGAGAUCCAGCGUGAGGAGGGGCGGCUGCAGGGGCAGCUGGAGCACACGGACACGGCGCAGUACAUCCGGCACCUGCAGGGCCACAUCCGGCAGCUCAAGGCCGAGAUCCGGCUGCUGCGGGGGCCGCUGUCCUUCGGCGCGGUGGCCCUGGGGACGCCCCUGGGGGACGAGGACUCGCUGGGCUCCUCGGACGAGGAGCUGCCACCGCCGCCCUUCGCCCUGACCCCGGGGGACACCGGGGACACCGGGGACAGCAGCGACAGCGAGCCCGAGGUGGCACCGACGGCACCGUGACACCCAGGGGACACCGGGGACACCGGGGACAGCAGCGACAGCGAGCCCGAGGUGGCACUGACGGCACCGUGACACCCAGGGGA